GAGGCUGCAGAUCUCCGAUCUGAUUGGCUUCAAGCUUAGCGGGGAGGCGGGACGAAUUCUUGUUUCCAAGAGGGGAGGUGGCCGAGGAGGUCCGCGUUCCAACCGGGAGCGCGGGAGUGAGGUACUGAGCCCAGUCUGCCAGGUCCCCGAGAUCCGGCCCCGGAGCCUCUGGUCUCGGACUCUUGAAUGCUCACGGUCGAAGUCCGGGUCCAGUGGUGGGGCCAGCAAGAUGGAGGAAGGCGGGGACCCAGGAAGCCUGACUAAGGUGGUCCAUCUACUGGUCUUGUCAGGGGCCUGGGGCAUGCAAGUGUGGGUGACUUUCAUCUCAGGCUUCCUGCUUUUCCGAGGCCUUCCCCGACAUACCUUUGGCCUCGUGCAGAGCAAACUCUUCCCUUUCUACUUCCACAUCUCCAUGAGCUGUGCCUUCGUCAACCUUUGCAUCUUGGCAUCACAGCACACCUGGGCUCAGCUCACAUUCUGGGAGACCAGCCAGCUCUGCCUGCUACUCCUGAGUCUCACACUGGCCACCAUCAACGCCCGCUGGCUGGAACCCCACACCACGGCCGCCAUGUGGUCCCUGCAGAAAGUGGAGAAGGAGCGGGGCCUGGGCGGGGAGGUGGCUGGCAGCCACCAGGGCUCUGAUCCCUACCGCCAGCUGCGGGAGCAGGACCCCAUGUACAGUGCCCUCCGCCAGAUCUUUUUCCGCUACCAUGGCCUGUCCUCCAUCUGCAAUCUGGGCUGCCUCCUUUGCAAUGGGCUCCACCUCGCAGGCCUCGCCCUGAGCCUCAGGAGCCUCUAGUACCCACUGACUCUUUGUCUCUGCUGGGGCCCCAAAUGUCAAUAAAUCCUUCUUUGGAAAUGA